UUGGGAGGAGGGGGGGAAGCGGAGGAGGAGAGACGGUGGCCUCCUCGCGAGCAGAAGGCAGCGCCAGCAGCAGCACCGCGAGGGGCAGAGCAGAGGCGCGGCAGUCGCCAGAAGGACGCGGACGCACUGACAGAAGUGGUAGCAGUCCUAGAAUUAGUCGAAGAUGUCGGGUCAGACGCUGACAGAUCGCAUCGCAGCUGCUCAGUACAGCGUUACAGGAUCAGCUGUAGCUAGAGCCGUCUGCAAAGCAACCACACAUGAAGUGAUGGGGCCCAAGAAAAAACACCUGGACUAUCUUAUCCAAGCCACAAACGAGACAAAUGUCAACAUUCCUCAAAUGGCUGAUACGCUCUUUGAGAGAGCAACAAACAGUAGUUGGGUGGUUGUGUUCAAAGCCUUAGUUGCAACACAUCAUCUAAUGGUUCACGGCAAUGAGAGGUUUAUUCAGUAUUUGGCAUCUAGAAACACACUAUUCAAUCUCAGCAAUUUUUUGGACAAAAGUGGAUCACAUGGAUAUGACAUGUCCACAUUUAUCAGGCGCUACAGUAGAUACUUGAAUGAAAAAGCAUUUUCCUACCGGCAAAUGGCAUUUGAUUUUGCAAGAGUGAAGAAAGGGGCGGAUGGUGUAAUGAGGACAAUGGUUCCAGAAAAACUACUGAAGAGUAUGCCAAUAUUACAAGGACAAAUAGAUGCACUUCUUGAAUUUGAUGUUCAUCCAAAUGAGCUGACAAAUGGUGUUAUAAAUGCUGCAUUUAUGCUUCUGUUCAAAGAUCUCAUCAAGCUUUUCGCUUGUUACAAUGAUGGAGUGAUUAACUUAUUAGAGAAAUUCUUUGAAAUGAAGAAGGGACAGUGCAAAGAAGCUCUUGAGAUUUACAAGCGGUUUCUGACUAGAAUGACAAGAGUAUCAGAAUUCCUCAAAGUUGCAGAGCAAAUUGGAAUUGAUAAAGGAGACAUUCCUGAUCUUACACAAGUGUUGCUGACCAGAGUUCUAUGUGAUCUGAAAAACAGUGGUGAUAAUGAAAAGUCCCCCUUUAAAGACUAUACAAUUGAUGAACCGGCUCCCAGUAGUCUUAUGGAGACUCUUGAACAACAUCUAAACAGUUUGGAAGGAAAGAAACCUGGAAACAGUGAGGGCUCUGGCGCUCCUUCACCCUUGGGCAAGUCUUCUCCAGCCACAACUGUUACGUCUCCCAAUUCCACCCCAGCAAAAAGUAUUGAUACAUCUCCUCCAGUCGAUCUCUUUGCAACAUCGUCUACAGCGGCUCCAGUCAGUGCUACCAAACCCUCCAGUGAUCUUCUAGACCUUCAGCCAGACUUUACAUCUACUACCGCGCAAGCAGCUUCAGCAGCUUCUGCUGGAGCAACUUCAUGGGGAGACCUCUUGGGAGAGGACGGUCUGGCUGGGCUUUCCGGUGUUAGUUCUGAGCCGCAGAUUUCAGAUCCGUUUGCAACAGAGCCCACCCCAGCUGCUGCAGCUGCUGCUGCUGCUACUACUACUACUACUACUACUGAAAUAGCACCUGCUUCUGCUACAUCUACAGCUGCCGCUGCUCCUACUUCUGCUGAAGUGGAUCUCUUUGGAGAUGCCUUUGCAGCUUCUCCUGGUGAAGCCCCUGCAGCAGCUGAAGGGGCGGCAGCACCAGCUACCCCAACCCCUGUAGCAGCAGCUCUUGAUGCAUGCUCAGGAAAUGACCCCUUUGCCCCAUCUGAAGGCAGUGCAGAGGCUGCUCAAGAGCUGGACCUCUUUGCUUUGAAGCCCACCGAGACCAGCGUUCCUGUAGUUACCCCUACAACUAGCGCAGCCGCUUCAGUUCCCGCAACUACUCCUACUCCAGCUGCUGCCGUGGCCCCUCCAACCCCUGCUACUACUGCUACUACUACGGCCACUGCCACUACCACUACUGCUACCACGUCUGCUACUACCACUACCACCACCACCACCUCCUCCUCCGCUCCUACUCCUGCUCUAGAUAUCUUUGGUGAUUUGUUUGAGUCUGCACCUGCUGAUGCCUCUGCAGCACCUAAGCCAGAUGCUACUCCUAGCAUAGACCUGUUUGGUACAGAUGCUUUUUCUUCUCCACCAACUGGAGCUUCUCCUGUGCCUGAGAGUUCUCUAACUGGUGAUCUCUUAUCUGUGGAUGCAUUUGCAGCACCAUCGUCCCUGCCCACUGCCUCCCCAGCUAAAGUGGAGUCUUCAGGUGUGAUUGACCUGUUUGGUGAUGCUUUUGGAAGUAGUGCUCCUGAACCCCAGCCUGCAACCCAAGCUGCUUCUAGCUCCUCUGCUUCCGCCGACCUAUUGGCUGGUUUUGGGGGUUCAUUUAUUGCUCCUUCUCCUUCACCUUCCCCUGUUACUCCAGCUCAGGCUAAUAUACUACAGCCCAAUUUUGAAGCUGCUUUUGGAGCAGCACCCUCACCUUCUCCUGGCAGCAGUUCCUUUGAUCCCUCAGCGUUUGAUGGCUUAGGUGACCUCCUUAUGCCAACUAUGGUGCCAUCUGGUCAACCGCUCUCUGCUUCAGGAAUAGCCGCCUCUUCUACUUCAGCUGCAACCAAAGGCAUUGGAAGUGAUCUUGAUUCCUCUCUCGCAAACUUAGUAGGAAAUCUUGGAAUUUCUGGUACAACAUCAAAGAAGGGAGAUCUUCAGUGGAAUGCAGGAGAGAGGAAGUUGACAGGAGGAGCCAAUUGGCAACCCAAAGUAGCACCUGCAACAUGGUCAACAGGUGUUCCUCCAAGUGGCCCAUUGACAGGAUCUGGAGCUCCAGCAGGUGCUGCCCCUCCUACAUCAGGUGCCCCCCCUGCACAGCCUGCACCAGGAUUUGGGAUGCAACCUCCUGGAUCUGGUGUCCCAAUGAUGCCACAGCAGCCAGUUAUGUACGGACAGUCUAUGAUGAGGCCGCCAUUUGGAGCAGCUGCAGCAGCUGGAGCACAACUCUCUCCAAGUCCUACACCUGCCACUCAGAGUCCCAAAAAACCACCGUCAAAGGACCCAUUAGCGGAUCUUAACAUCAAGGAUUUCUUAUGAACUGUUUAAGCUGUAGUUUUCUGUCAGGAUAACUGAAGAUGCAAGCUUGGAAUCUACAAACAAGAAUUUUGUUGCUCGGAGUUGUCCAAGUGAGCCACCACUACCAAACCCAGUGCUUACAGAUUUCUCUCCUACUUCCAAAAUGUGUAGCACAGCUGUGAAAGUGAACAUUAGGAAUGUGUACUAUCUUAGUUGUUAUCCCCCUUCUCUCUCUCUCUCUUUCUCAGUUUGUGUACUUGGGUUAUUAUUUAUGUGUUUUACAACUUUAAACAAUGGAUGUAUGUUUCUGAUGCCUUCUUAGUGCUUUUCUGAACCUAUCCAAUAGGGGCAGAUUAUGCAGCUGUUGUGUGGUGAGCCAUUUGGAGCGAUGUGUCUGUGUUUCUGGAGGUCUCCGUGUAAAUAACUUUGGCAAACCUUCUAAAAAAUUUCCCUUUUGAAGUCCAGUUUCUCUUGUAUAUCUGUUAUACAAAAUAAUAGUGCAAUGAUACCAAGGUAGUAAGAAAAAAACACUCUCAAUCCUACAAACUCUUUUUGUGUGGAAAACGUUCCCCCCACCCCCGCAAAUGCAGGAUUCUGAAUUUGUUGUGGAAUAUGUUUUAUUUUUGUGGCACUGUACAUGUUAAAGAUAAUUUUUUAAAGUAAUAUAAAAGGGAUCUCCCAUUUAAUACAUCUUCUUUCAAGUUCCUUUGCAAAGAUUUUCUUUCAAAAAAAAUAUUGAACAUACCUUAUCAAAUUUAUUUUAAAAUAUUUAAGGGACUUUUGUUUCCCAUUUUAAAACCAGCUUAUUUAUCAGCUCUUAUUUUAAAUGCACUGAAAAUAAGUAAAGGGCAAGUUCCUUGCCAUGUUGCUAAGAGGAGAAAAAAAAUCCUAGCCGGGCAGACAUUUUAAGGAUUGUCAGGUUAAUUAGGUCACUCAGUGUAUCUGUUGGCAAAUCAUGAAUAAUUUUUAUUUUUUAUUUAGCUUUUAUGUACAUCCAGUUAGUUUGGUGCUUCUCUGUAUAAGCCUUGGACUAGUAGUGUUUUUUUCCAUUCCCAUACACCGCUGUGUAUCUUCCGUACUGUCUGUGAUUAGAGGUUGCACUAAACUGGAGAACUGCACCCUUUACUGUAAACAGAGAAAAAAAAUUGUGUUCCUUUAAACGUUUUAGUUUGUUCUCUCAUACUGUUUGUGCUGAUGGCUUGGCUUAAGAUUUUUGACUCCUUAAUAAGGUCACUGUUGAUCAGUGUUACAAGUGGCUUGGCAGCUCUUUGUAAAAGCAUAUUAGGUUGGAAAGAUGUUCACCUAAGUCUUUCAAAUUAACUAUUUAAUCAAUAUAUGGUACCAUUUUAAAAAAGUGGUUGUAUCUGAACUUAUUGUGGGGAUAACAUACACUGUAAUGACAGAGAGUUAGAGAGAGAGAAUUUCAAAGUGGGUUUUCUUUGUAUUUUGAUUUGAGAAAAACCCAGUGCAUGUGUACCCUCUGAGAUGCAAUAAAACACCUUGAUCAAAGUAAAUUAAAACACAAAAGUUGUGUCCUU